UUUUCCUUUAUUUUUUACAACUUUUUACCAUCUUUCCGACAAUGUGGCGAUACCGUGGAAAAAGAAAAAUAUUGCUUUGGCAGCGGUCCAAUCGUCGACCCAUUUUCGUACUUGUUCAGCAUUUCGAAACCGCGUGUCAGCCACGCAAUGCUGCAUCGAUCGGAACAAAUGGCGAUCAGAAACCGCGUGGUCUGGUCAGUACGUUGGGUGUGGCAGAACUUUGCAUUUGGGCUGUAACAGUGUGUCUUGUAACGUCUGACCAAGCCUUGCCAUACACUCCCCAUUUUUGAUGAUUUGGGAACGCUUUCUGUACAAAGAAUUUCUUUUUUUUAUUUUAGCAAUGGUUUCUUCGGAAAUGUAUGAUUGAUGCAAAGCUCUUUUCAUCAUUAUCAUACUUAUCAUACAUAUUAUGUUCUCACUCUAUUAUUCUGUCUGCUACAUGUUUAAUGCGUUCCAACUCUCGCGAGUGCUUGGCAUAAAAUAUUCAAAGCGAUGCCUUGAAUGGACUAAGUAAUUGAAUAUGGAGGAUAGUCAUUAUGGGAGAAUGGUUUCGGCAAUCGAAAACCUGUAAGCAGUGAGAGCUUGAAGAGAUUAUGUUCACCAAAUGCAACUAUGAGCUGUGCGAUGUGCUUAGCAGACUCCUCCGCAAGUAUCCGGACCUGUGGCAUCCUCGGCGGUCUUCACCCAAAGGACUCUACAAAGAACUGGCGCGCAGGCUUAGCGUGGAGUUAAACAGCACAGUAACCGUUCCGCGAGUUAUAAUGACUCUACAAACAAUCAGAGAUGGUAUAAAAAAGCUUGAUGCAGGGUCGUUCCAUACCGCUCUUACCUCAUAUGCGUGGGAUGCUGAAGAGCUGGGAUGUAAGCAGGCAGCUAAAACCAGGAGGAGACUUUUAGCACGUGAAAAGGCCGCUAAGGAAUAUACCCGUCUGGCGAAAGGAAAAUUUUGCAGAUUCGAGGAGGGUGAGACGGUUCUGAAUACAUCCAUCAUAGAUGAUGUUUUAUUGGGAUUGAGGCGUAUAAUACUCGAACUGAAGUUUGAAACUGUUUUAGAAGUAUCUUCAACUGCGACAUCGCAAGGAUCGACGACGGGGCGAUCUACUCCAAACGAGAUGGUAAUGACGCCAAAAUCACUCAAGAAAACACGUGCCUGGAUGCUGGACAGAUUCCUAAAGGACCGCGGGAGAAUAGCUACUAAAGAUUGCGAGGUCCAUAACGAGAGUUACGGCAGACCCUCUACCUCUACGCAGGCUGCAAAUCGCCGGCAGUCAAAUCGUCCAAAACCCGCCCGAUUGACCGAAGAGGACGACUUUGCACAGGCCCACAACAAGAGCUACGACGGACCGUCUACGUCUGCCCAGGCUGCAAGUCGCCGGCAAUCAAAUCGUCCAAAACCCGAUCAACUGACCGAAAAAGACAGAGUUGUGCAGAUCUAUUUUGACGAGGUGUACACCAACCGCGCGACGGUGUACUCGCGAGCAGAUGACGCGCUGCGGGGUUGCGACUACUCCAACCAAAGGAAGACGAAGACAAUAGAACACCAAAGUGUGCUGGUCUUCGCAGCACGUAGUCUUCUCACUCCAUUCCACGUAGUGCUGAGCAGCUAUCCCCGCACAACAACUCAGAAAAAAAUUGGGCCGGUGUUGGAAGAAAACAUGAAAAUGGCUGAAGAGAUGGGGCUGGACGUGAGAGCUGUUGUCUACGACCGAAAUCGGGCAAACGUACAGCAUACACGUAUAUUUGGAAACAAAGUAUCCAAUAGAAAGCGGGCAAACGGCAGCGCACACUACAUCCGGUUUUUGUGCGAUUAUCCCCAUAUAGUAAAAGUAAUUUUUUAAAAAAUAGGGGCCGAAAAAGACCGUUUUGAUAUCAAUGUCUUGUCGAUAGUGUCGGAAAUGCGACCGAAAGGUUCUUCUUACUGGCAACAGAGAGGCUGGAUGCCGGCCUACAGCAAGGCAUGGGAGUCAGCCAUUUCGAUGCAGGCGAUGAGCGAUGCGCAGGUCGCAACACUCCAAAAGCAAUCGAAGACAAUGACGGAAAAGCGCAAGCACUCUGCGACUUAACCACGAUAAUUACCAAGUUCGUAAACGUCAUUCAUCGAGAAACCAUCAGCAGCGACACAUGGACAGAGCUGAAAGAAGAACUGAAAGACGUAGAAGAUUACUUGCAGAACGAAUUUAUUGGGGACCUGGAUCUCUGGACGUCCAAACAACAAUCACGAACUUCCAAGCAAUCAUGGAAGAGCUGCUGGAGGCUUACCCUGGCAUAACCAUCGCGCCAUACAGGGUAAGCCAAGAUCUGUUGGAAAGAUUUUUCAGCAAUAUGGCAGCCAACAAUAGCAACAGGAGGUGCCGAUCGUCCGUAGAAAUAAUGGCGCUGACCAAAAUACUAAGGACCGCAGAGGAGGAGUGUUGGUCAGCAGCAGUCGAAGAGGAGAACGACUACCUCCUCAUCGAUAAACUGAGCUACGUCCUUGAAGCGCCGGCCAAUGAAGAAGACGAAUUUGUACCGUUCGCCCCUGAUGGUGAAAUAUUCUAAGAUCUGUCCAUUAGCCGUUACGCCAAAAACUUGAAGAGUUCCUGAGGCUGCUCUCAGGAUGUGGAAUAGCACGCUACAUUCGUGAGCAGCUGCAAUGCGAAAUAUGUUUAGAGGAAUUCACGCUGAACGAAGACGCCUUCCGCUAUGUGAAACGAGGUCGCAAGAUUGCCAGAAAUAAACUAAAUAGAUUAACGUAGACCUCGAAAUAUUUAAAACCGGCCUUUCCAACAGAAUCUCUCCAUAAAGCUUUUCAGAAAGGGUACGAGAUCUUCUACGCGACCAUGAGACAGCACAUGCUUGCAAAGAAUAUAGGCAUGCGUUUACAGGCAACAAUAGUGAGACGAAUUCCUUUUUUCCGAAGAUCAGGAUCAUGCAGCAGAAGUGAGCUUCACCGGAGGAAUUUGCUCGGGUUCUUGCUGGUAAUAUUACUGUCCGGAAUAAAUUUUAGGGAGAAAAUGGAGACCAACAUCACGUGGUCGUAAGUUCCUUCGCGCGCCAUCUCCACCCUCCUCGCAAUAUUCGUUGCAUUCCUAUGAUUAAAACACAAUAAGACAAUAAAAAUUGCUCAGCAUAAAAAGACAAAUUUUUUUUCCCGUGAAGGAUAUUAAGUAGCAGUAAAUAUGCUGAGCAAGUCUUACGUGCAGCCAAAGAAUUGCCCAUGCUCAGUGCUGAUGCCACUUUGCAGCCUAUAACACGUACAGUAUUACGUAAUAAAAUCAAUAUAUGAUCAAACUUUGUUUGGAAUGAUCGGGUACAUGGUAAAACAAGUCAAAAUUUUUGGUUUUGGAUUGAAGAUCCCGAAUUCACUUUUGUCUUUCAUUCUGAAUUGUUCCAGGUUUUCUUACCAAUCCGCAAUUACAAUUCUAUUACAAAAAUAAAUAAUUUCUGUUUAAGUACUUCAUGUUAAAAUACACUUUUUAGGCCACGCGCAAAUUUGUCUACAGCCAAAAACCACAAAAACUGGGGAUGACAAUACUUCUCAAAGAGCCUUUAUCGCCACAAUAUUAUAUAUGAGUAGAGUGUGGCACUUAGCUGGGUGCUAAUGUGUGGACUCCAUUAACCUAUAGCUGUUAGUGCUCUGAAAAAUCUAGUCUAUGAAUCUUUAUAUAGGUUUACGCAUUUCAAUCCUAUACAAACUCAAGUCUUUCAUUGUCUUUAUCAUACUGUUAAUAACGUUUUGUUGGGCGCACUCACAGGUUCAGGUAAAACUAUAGUGGCGUAUAUCAGCAUACUUCGAACACUCAAUAAUUAUGAAAGAGCCAAGGUUGUUUAUAUUACGCCUUUGAAAGCUUUGUUUAAGGAAAGAAUUAGCCAUUGGACUUUCAACUACUACUUACCACACCAGAAAAAUGGGAUGGCAUCAGCCGGUCUUGGCAGACAAGAGAAUAUGUACAAGAUGUUGUACUAAUUGUUAUAGACGAAAUACAUUUACUGGGACACGACAGACACAUUGAAGUAAUUGUGUCACGUACGAACUUCAUUACACCACACAUACCGGAUGCAAUAUACGUAUAAUUGGUUUAUCUACUGCUUUGGCCAACGCUCAAGAUCCCGCCAAUUGGCUGGAUAUUAAAGAAAUGAGGCUAUAUAAUUUUAAACCUUCCGUAAGACCGGUUCUUUUACAAGUGCAUAUAAACGGGUUUUCCGGCAAACAUUACUGACCACGGAUGGCCACUAUGAAUCGGCCGACAUUCCAAGCAAUACGCUCUUAUUCGAUACUAGAUUAUUUACGCUUAUGCUUGUGGUAUUCUGCCGGUGCCGUCUAUGCUCCCGGUGAUUUAAAAUACCUUAACAAGCUCAAACGCUACAUUAUCAGUAACUACGAAGAAUCAGAUAAUAAUGAAUUAUAUCAAUACGUACAAUUUGUUAAACGCAGUGUGGAAGCUAAAAGAUGCGAAACAAAUCUUUUGUGCUUACAUGAUUUACUAAACGCUGCUUCAGAAUUGUUGGCCUCUUCGUUGCUUUAAGACGUUGCGGAAAUAAUGCGUAUACAAGUAGCUAAAGUUGUAUUAUGGGGUUACGGACUCGAUGAUCGAGAAUUUGACGCUAAUGUUAAAGAAUGCUUGGAGAAUGCGAGAAUCAGUGGCUUUUACUCUGACACCAGACCAGCAAUCAAAAAAUGGAACUAUUUGGAAUUUUUCGACGGAAUAAAAAGUUCAAGUUAUGCGAUAUGAUUUUCAAGGAUAUUUUUUUUUUUAAUAACUUCAGCCAUGCUUGACUGUUAACGGCAAAGCGCCACCAUCCAUAUAUAAGUGCGAUGGUUAAUAACUCCACUUGAAGCUAUGACCGCGACCAUGAUGGAACAAAUACCCAAUUAACCGGUUGCGAAGUACGCUUUCGUAAUUACAAAUUUGACAGGCACAUCAGUAUACGCUACAAAAAUAACAUUUUAUCUGUGUCGACCGAUACGGAGAACCGUGGCGAAUGGAAGAACUGCUUUGUCGUUAACAAUGUAGAAUAACCUACGGGCUAUUUCUUCGGUCUCUCGGCUACUACCGAUGAUUUAUCGGACAACCAUGAUAUAUUUAGUUUUAAAUUUUAUGAUCUAGACUCAAUAGAGCGUGGUGCCCAAUUGGUAACUAUUUAGCCUUUACCGACUGAGCGCUCACCAUAGUUGCGACGAAACUAAAUCUUGCUGCGAACACGAAAUCGUCAAUCGCGGUUUUAACCUAGCCGACUAUUCAGAAAAAUUAAGCAUGCAGAUACCGUAUGUAGAAUGCCUACCGAAAAUAAUAAUAAUAUUCACGUAGUAGAUACGCGAUUGGGCAAAUUCACAGUUGAUGAAAGCGGUUGGCUAUGCUCAAUGCAAUGAUGCUACAGAAGAAGCAACACACUUGGAAAAUACGAACACGAAAAGGUCUGCUAAAAAUUACACCGUAAAGGAGGAUCGAUUGUUCAAAAAUAUUGGAGGCAUUUGUGAGUCGUUCCAAAAGCUGGCGAAACUUCUGAAAGUUGGAAAAUGGGGAACCACGAUACGGCGCGUCACAUCUGGAUGAUUUUGGAUGCUUUCUCAAAAUAUAAUACUGUUACGAAUUUCUCUUUUCUAAGAUAGGAUUCGUACCACUAAAUCGUGGAUAUUCUUUUCAAGAGAAAUACUCUUCUAAAUGCUUUUUUUUACAAUUAUAUUCCU